CGUAGGCGGGACGUGUGGAUUCUGGGGAAGUUGAUUUCCCCCCUCAGCUGACUAUGGCAGAUUUGGCCGAGAAGAAAGAAAACUAUCACAUAGCGUCGGAGAAUAUUAACCCGCUGGCUGCUCGCUUCCCGCACUGUAUCGUGUGGACGCCCAUCCCCGUGUUGUCAUGGUUGUUUCCAUUCAUUGGGCACAUGGGCAUCUGCACUUCCUCCGGAGUCAUCCGCGACUUUGCCGGACCCUAUUUUGUCUCCGAGGACAACAUGGCUUUCGGGAAACCAACAAAGUACUGGAUGCUGGACGUGAGCAAAGUCUACGCCGGUGGCUUGAGCGCCUGGGACAUGGCCGUGCACGACGCUUCGGAGGAGUACAAGCACAGGAUGCACAACCUGUGUUGCGACAACUGCCACUCGCACGUGGCCAUGGCUCUCAACCUGAUGCGCUACGACAACAGCGCGUCGUGGAACAUGGUCAAGCUCUGCCUCCUGGUUCUCCUGCACGGAAAGCACGUCAGCUGCGCUGGGUUCCUGAAAACGUGGCUGCCCUUCCUCAUGCUGCUGGGCGUCAUCGUGACGGUGGUGCUCGCCAUCAACCUCCGGUGACCUCACCCAGGGAAUGUCGGGAAACAACGCGAGGUCUUCCCCCCCCCCCUCCCCCCCUGCCAAAAAGACUGAAAAAACCUGUAAGAGAGGCGGGGCUGGAAUGAAUGUCGCACACAUCACCAUCACUGCCACACAAACGCAAUAUACAAUAAUAAUAGUAAUCCACAUCUCUCAGUAGGGAAAAUGUCUGAAUGAUCACAAUUCAGUACUUCUUGUUCGCAUCUUUUUAAUCCAUUUUUUUGUUCGUAUUUUAAACCGUCCUCUCUGCGUCAGGGUGAAUGUUGUCAUUCCGUUAAGUGCGAGUCAGUUAAACAAAAAAAAAAAAAAAACGUUCAGUGCCAAAAGCGAGAAAACGUGGACAAAUAUUUGUCAGUGAACCCCCAUUUACCACGGCGGCUAUGUUCCAGACCCACCCACGAUGAGUACAAAUCUGCGAUAUAACCUUAUUAAAAGUUUUCCCUAGUGCCUGUUCUCACUCUCACUGCCAAUAAAUGGUCAACUAUUGAAUAACAUCACUUUGAGGAAAUGAAAAGAAGACUCUCUUGCUCUCAUGGUUCUUUAAAAUAAGAGAAAGGAGAGAAUUACACAUUGUAUAUUUAAACGCCAAAGUGUUCAACCAAACCAUACUGUAUAAUUCCGUCUUCAUGAAAGUCUGUACACUUCAUGCUCACAUAUAAUGUAAAAUGCCAUAGAUGGGCUAACAGAAAUAAAAAGUUAGCGUAGAUGUUACGGUAAUUAUAAACCGUCAAACAAGUGCUACUUUAACACACACGGAGCAGUAACAUACAAACACAGCAUACAACAAUAAUAAACUUUCAAUUCGGACUUGCUUGUACAGUGUACUGUAAAUGCAAAACAAAUAUCGCUUAGUUAUUGCAGCUUAGUGUGCAAACGAUCAACGCGCUGCGAAGAGUGGGGCGCUGUUCCGCCUUAUUGGCUCAAAAUGCUGCGCACGGCAUUUUCUCGUGGAACUCCAAGCCUGAGUGGCAGCUUCCCAGAUGCCACGUCUGCUCUGCAAGUGCCCUCGUAACAACCGCGAUGUGCAGCGGUGUCAAGAUGCCCGAGUAAAUGACACCACCUGAAAAAUAAUUGGCGGGGAAGCCUUUCUUUUACGAAUCGAUAAGCAGCUUUUGUUCUGAAAUGCUUCGCCCGGCACUUUCUCUUUGAUCUCCUAAUGGGAAUGGCAGCUUUACAGAUGCCACGUCUGCCCCUACAGGUGGCGUAUUAUUUUGUGGGUCUGAAAUCCUCUGCAUGGACUUUCUCUUUGAUCCCUGACCUGAAACGUCCUCCUCACAGAUGCCACGUCUGUUGUAGUCUGCGGUGUCAUUGUAAUCACCUCGAAACACAUCAGCUAUCCUAGGAAAGAAGGAACUGCAGCCAUCUAAUAAUGACACGCACCCGAAAAACAUUUAUUUUAGGCGAGGCGGUUAUUUAAGGUCGAGUGGACCCCGCCAUUAAUUUAGGCUCUAUUUGGGGAAAUUAAUGUUAUGGGAGCAGUCGUUGUGUUCAACUUGAGUGCUGUUUUUUUUGACGGCCUUUGCUUUUCCAGUGUUAUUUUUGCCUCUUUAAUUCCGCACAACGGCCGCCACUCCACCUCAGUUGCCAUGGCGAACACAUCCAAAUCUCCCCGUUGUUCCCAAUCACAUAGCUCCUUAAGCCCCCCCCCCCUCUCCCCCCUCUUCCGAAGUAGCAGGUAGCCAGGAUGGCUCAGGUUUUCACGCUGAAUAACCCGAACCCUCCUCAACCCCCCCUUAACACGCACACCAACCUGACAAGUGUCCCUCCUGCUGUUUUUCCACCUCUACUUCAAAGUCGGCGCGCAUCGUCUGCGCAGUGCUCCGAGCGUAACGCAGCGCUACAACGAGCAGCUAACGUAGCAGUCGACCUCUUCUCCUUGUUAAGUAGCCCAAAUGAACAGGCUCAAAUGCCAGAAAUCCAAGCUCAGUCAUUUCUUCACAAAAAGUUGGUCAAUUCUGCUAACUAGCUAGCUCGCGUGAUAAGCUAACGUAAUAGUAUACAUCUUCACUCAUUGUUAAACAGCCCAAGUAGACAUGCUCAAAUGCUUCGAACGCGACGAAAUGAUACAAACUGUUAAGUCCUUUGAUCACAAAAAAAGUUAGUCAAUCCCAAUAACUAGCCAGCCAACUAGCGUGAUACGCUAACGUAGCAGUAAUUGUCACUUCACGCACACAUUUCCUACAGAUGGACUCCAAUGCAGAACACCGGUCGCAAAAGAUGAAAAUCAGUCUUCGCAAAAUGCUUGUCUAUCCCGCUAAUGUAAGAGUCUACGUCCUUACUUCGUGCAAAUGUCUUGUGAGGCCGCAAAUUUGCGACACCGGUUGCAUAAAAAUCAAAGUCAUUUCUUCAAAAUCAAGUAGUUUGUUCACAAACUGUUGGUGUCUGUCAGUUUUGACAUAUUUAGUAGCUUUAACUCUGACCUGACCUGCACAUGAUUCUUCAAAGUUGUUUUUUUUGUUGUUUUUUUGCCACUUAAAAGCAUAUUUCGUUCAAAUUGAUAGUUUCAAGACCCUCUUAGGCAGGCAGGAUAUUGCCGUGACAGUUCAAUCAUUUGUAAGCGUUUUUUUUUUUUUUUUUUUUUU